AUGAAUACCUCGAGGGUCGAUAAGUGCGGCAAAAUUGGAUGCUCUCUUUCCAAGUCGCUAGCACUGCUUCAUCUAUCCCUAUCCUCGACCUCGACAUUGACUGCAUCAACUGCUGCCCUCACCUCCAUCCCCUUCACCUUCACCCUCAUCCUCACCUUCUCCUCUAAAUUUUCUGCCUUGACCUCUGCUUCCAUGUUCAGCUUACCCGACUUUACUACCACCCACUUUGUCACCUCAGGUCCUCUGACUACUAAACGCUCCUUUAGCUUUGUUCCUCGAUUUUUCUUACGUGGCAGUGCCUCGCUUGUACUUUUUGUUCCCCUUGUCUCUGCUUUAUCUGUCUCAACGCCGGUGGGCCUAACCUCGGGCGGGCCAGCAGUGAUUGCAUGGAGUGUUGCACAAGGCGACCCACAGACAUUCUCUAUUGAGCUUAUCAACGACGUGGUGGCCGCCAAUCAAUUUGCUCUUGCGAACAACGUCCCAAGUAGUGCUGGGUCCCUCAACCUCGUUUUGCCCAAAGUGCCCUUUGGUGGAGAAUUCACGAUCGGCCUUGCGCAAUCUACUGCAACAUCCUCAACAACCUCAGCAACCUCAGCAACAUUCUCAUUCUUAACAGCCAGCGGCUCUAGUACCAAUACUCUCAUUCCUAGCAAUGCUACCCAGACUACAGCACCGAGUUCGUUUCAUUCGGCGGGAACGGUGGGAACAAGUGCAUCUGUACCAACUGCACCAGGUAUUGGUAACACCAAUAACCAAUCGACUGCUUCUGGAUCCAGAGCAAAAGUUGCUGGAAUUGUUGUCGGAGUUGUUGGAGCGAUCAUUAUUUGUCUCGCGAUAUUGCCAUGUAUUCGACGCGGUAAAAUCCCUUGGUCAUCCAUGAUAAGGAGAGGACGUAGAAAAAAGAAUGCCGAAGUACCAGGAUUGCCUAUAGUUCGAGAGGUCGAAAAUAAUGUGGUGCCACUGCAUUGGCCUCUGGAAUCUGGACGACGCAAUUGGACAGACCAUACAGGCGAGUCCGUUCACCAAGCAGGGCUAGUGUCCCAUCAGCACCCUACAGAGACAGUAAAUAACAGGACGAAGCACCCAGCACCCAUAUCGAACAACGUGUCUGAGAACUCACAGAUCACAGUCGAACCUAUUUCAUCAGUGAUGCAAGAAGUGGAUAGCCUUCGUGCACGAAUAGCGGAAUUGGAACGACAACAGCAGGGAUCAAGACAAAAUUUACAUCCACCAAGUGUCCAUUCUGGGACCGACGAUAAUCGAUCAGCGCCGCCAGCAUAUUCAGAUGAUGGUCGUUAUUGA